GUCAUUUCCACUUCCAUUCCCACGGCUUACGUCUGUUUUUUAACUUUGCUAAGCAAAGACUGCAAACUGCAAAGUUAAAACGUUUUAAGAGCAAAGUUUGCUCUUAAUUUUCGAAGGUGAUGAUGAAUCUUCUCGUUUUGUUUCGGUUCUUGCAGUCUUUCUGUUACGCUAAACAAAUUAUCGCAAACAAAUCAGCAAAUACUGUAGUCUGUAAUCCUUAAUCAGCGCAUGCAUCUCGUUUUGUUGGGGAUUUGGAGGAGGUCCAUUUUUCAAGUAUUAUUGUUAGGCUUGCCGCUUGCGGAUUGCCUUGUGGGUCGUAAUCGGGGCCCGUGGUUUGUGACUGUGGUAAAGUCAGGUAGAUCCUAAAUCUUUGUGACUUUCCUUGGCGCGAGCGCUCAGUUAUAUCAGAAUUAACGGGGAACCUGGGACGUUCCGACGUUGUCAAGAUGUCGAUGAUUUUGCAACCAAUCACCGCACGGCUCUUAGGAGCCGCAGUUCCUUUUCGUUCCACUGUUCGCGAAUUUAAAGGAAACAAGCACUGGCUUAUUAAAUGGCGAGAACUUCGCAGGAAAAAAUUCGUCAAGAUUGAGCUACCGGACUACGAUUUGAUGCGAAAAGAAAUGCACGGCCACCUAACUCCCAGUGAAGUGCGUGCCAAAUUCAAAAAAGAAGGCAUGGCUCCCACCCGCCCGUACAAUGAAAGACCAAUUCUUAUUCAGACGACAGAAACCAUUUUUGAACCCUUUCUCCCUCCCGAAGGCGAUGGACGCCUGUCAACUUUGUCUAAAGAAGGAGCAAAACAGCGGUUCGAAGAAGCUGGAAAGAAAACCCGGAGUAUGUGGCACCUUCGUAAGCUUAGGCGCUACGAUGAGGAAUUUGAUAGUGGAGACUUUGCUGGGAAAGCUCAGGAUUUGUACAUCGACGCGCAUCAUAAAUUGGCUGAGGGUAAAUUGGACGAACUGCAUGACCUGGUGACAGAAUCUGGAUUUUCGGAUAUGGUUGAUGGAAUGGAGAAUAAGACAGUUCGCUGGAAAUGGCAUGAAACUUUAGAGCUUCCUCGGAUUAUGCAUAUUCGGGUUGCUCCGGUGAUCGAUAAAACAAAUUUGUUUGCCCAAAUAACAGUUCGGAUUCAUGGAAGACAGUCUUUGGGAAUCUACGACCGGUUUGGGCGUUUGAUGUAUGGCAGCCAAAAUUUAGUGAAGAACGUUCUUGAAUAUGUUGUCUUUGAGAAGCACGUAUCUGAUCCCUAUGGUACAUGGAGGAUACAUUCGAAAAUCGUGCCUUCCUGGGCACCACCUCGUGAUCCGAUUUUGCGUACUUUCCGAAAACCGGAAUUGAUUGCGCCUUCUGAGUCUUACUUGGAAAAAGAGAAAAAGAAGCAAGAAAUUGAAGAUAUUAAAGAUGACGACGAUCCUAAGCAUGCCUCAGAAUCCACCGCUGCCUCUGAAGGGAAAUUGGCUACGGCAUGAAAAGGCUGUGUGCGUUUUUUAACACUGUUUCGUCACCAGUUUUUUUAUGGGGCGGAUAUGAUGCCAGUGUCAGCCCGUUUCGACCGUCAAUAACGCUUCCUUUCUUUGUGUCAAUUAAAUUCAGUAGUGUUUCGUCAUGCUGUAUUGGAAGUCCACACAAUCUAACGACUUUUCGCAGGCAGCCAUACAGAAAGCGAAUUUUCAAUUCAUGUAUCCUUAAAAAACAAAACCUACAAAAGCUGCGCGCUCUAUCCCGUCGCAGUACUUGUUUA